UUUUGCAAUUCCAUAUUCUUCGAUAGCGUUUAUUUUGCGGGAAAAAAAUGUUUAUUAGCUUUAUUUCGUGCCGCCAAGUAAAAGUGUUUCAAUAAAACUUUGUUUACACAGAAAAUUAAUUGUACAAUUACGUUGAGCGCUUCAUGAGUUCAAUAACAUAAAUUAAAGUCGGUGUACUACAUGUUUUCGGCUACUUAGAAAUUUUCAAGUGCCUCAAACUAGACAACAACCGGCCCGGCGCGUUUAUUUUUAUUGAAACCCACGGCGCUCAUGUUCGAAAAUGACUGAAACGGUCGGUCAGUCGGUAGCUCGCCAAAAGUGGCAAAUUGCUGGUAACGAAACUAAAUGUUUCUUGGCUCUACGAAGGGCGGUGGAUGGUAAUAUAGGCAAUGCUGUUGACUAUAUAGACAGACGCUAUUGCGGUGGUUGUUUUCUAACGAAGCCAUCUUCGCGAUGUUUGCAGCUUCCUGUAAAUCGAUUGACACACAUAUUCAUACACAUGCAAAAUCGUCAGUGACUGUUUUUGCAGAUAAUAAGAAAAAAGAAAAAUAGUGAACACAAAACAUCUUUUAUGUGGACAAGCAGAUCCUUAGAGUUAAGAAAUCAUAAAUUAUAGAAAUAAAUACAACUAAAUUCCUAGACAUCUAAAGUAUAAUGAAUUCCGUCAGUACUAGUAGUUAACAACUUCCUUUUCCGUUUUGGAGUCAAUGAAUGUUAUAAAUUUGAAAUGUCUUUAGUUGCUUACGCGGCCAGCAGUGAUGAGGAUUCUGACCAUUCCGAAGAAGAAGAAGUUUCCUCUUCCCACACUAAAACCAAAGGACGAGUUGUAUCGGUGACACCUGUGGUCAAUGGUAAUCUCGGCACAGGCACAAUAAGCGACGACGAAGAUGAUUAUGCGCCAACCGAAUAUACAGCAAUUUCAAAAAGUAAAAUAUCUCAAAGUCUUUUAUUGCCCCAACCAAAAAAUAUAAUUGAAGUUAAAGCACCAGAAGAAGAGUUCGACCUAACGCCAAUUUUUGCAAAACUUCCAUUACCCAAAAACACCGUUGAAAAUAAUGCAACUAUCGAAGAAGAAGACGAUGAAUUUUUACAUAAAAAGGCGGUAGCAUCGUCUGAAGAAGUUAAACCUAAACCUGUGCAUGUGGCACCCAGUAAAGGUCCUGUUAAAAUUACAAUUCCAUCAUUGAAAGAUUUUAGUGACGUUGAAAAAGAUAUUGCUAGAAAAGGGAAAAUCAAGCAAUUACCCGAAGGACAGAAAAAGUCUAGUUUAUUAAGCAUGCUACCACAAGCGAAGUCAGAGCAGAAUUUUGCUAAGGCUGCUCCUAGCAUCGCGUCAAAUGAUAUUACACCUCAGGUGAAAAAAACUCCAUCACUUACAAACAACCCAUUUAUUCCGGAUGCUGUAAAAACUCGACGUCCCGCAUGUAACACCGAAGGUGUUGAUGGUAUAAAAAAACCAAUAAAGAAGCACAAACCCACCGAUAAAGCAAAAAUAUCGUUGGUCAACUGCAGUGACAGUGACGACAGUGGCGAUGAACCCGGUGAUUUCUUCUCCCUCAAUUCCGAAGACAAACUACCGGAAGUUAGCAUUAACGAAAUUAAUGCUAUGGUCGCGGAACGUGCUGUUAAAAUGGCAAACGUAACGACAGAAUUCUUAAGAAAGUUUACAGAAAACAAACAAUCUGGGGAAGAAAAUGUAGAAGUAGAAAACGAGAGGCGGUUGGCAGAAAAACGAACUGAGCAGCCUGUUUUGGAUAAGACUGCUUUGCAAGCACUGACAGGCACUAGUUCCAAACGAAGAAAAAGAGAAGAAAACAUACAGGUUGUGGAUAUCUCAAGCGCCGAAGUACUACCAAGCAGAGAAGAAUGGAUGCGUACAGCUUUAGCGUCUUCUACUGCCUACCAACCAACUGGUGUUUUAGUUGAUGAAGAACCGGUAGCUGGUACUAGGCGAAAACAUCAAAUCACCUAUCUGGCACACAAAGCGAAAGCCAACGAAGCUGAAUUACAAGCAAUGUGGUCUGCGAAUCGUCAAACUCGGAAGGCAACCCAAAGCAAAUACGGGUUUUAGAAUGUAUUCUUUAAUUCUUAACUAUAUUUAGUACAUAAAUGUGUUAAUUUACAUUUUUUAAACAAAUAGAUUGUAUAAAAAUGAAAGUGUAA